CUCUCUCUCUCUCUCUCAUAUUUCAGACCCACCACCCUUUCUCUCUCUUCAUUUUGAGCAAGAGAGAAACCAAACCAAACCAAACCAAAACUCUCUCUCUCUCUCUCUCUCUUCUGUCCUUGUGACAGAGCUUCAGUUUGGCCUCAGCUUCACAGUACCAUUACAGUUUCUGUAUCUGAAUUUGAUAAUAGUCUUUGGUUCUCACACUCCUGUUCCAGAUUCCUCGGACGUAGGUUGUCGUUUCAGGCAUUUUACAAAGAUUUUGAUCAGAUUUCAACGAUUUUACCGGGUUCGAUUCUGGAAAGCCUGAUAAUUUCAAGUGAAAUUUUGCGUGCAAAGUUCAUAUUGAUUAGAGAUUCGGAGUGGUUGAUCUUGGUGCAAAGAGCUGAAUGGGGAUCUUUGAAGAAAUGGGUUUUUGUCCCAAUCUUGAAUUUCUUUCAGGCUCUCUUGGGGAAGGAGAGGGAGUUCCUGAGCAUGAACAAGGGACAGGAGCAGAGGAUGAUUAUAGUGAUGAAGAGAUGGAUGUUGAUGAGCUUGAGAGGAGGAUGUGGAGAGAUCGAAUGCUAUUGAGACGACUCAAAGAACAGAAUAAGGGAAAGGAAGGGGCUGACAAUGCAAAGCAGCGCCAAUCCCAGGAGCAAGCCCGAAGGAAGAAGAUGUCUCGGUCGCAAGAUGCUAUCCUGAAGUAUAUGCUGAAAAUGAUGGAAGUUUGUAAAGCUCAAGGAUUUGUUUAUGGGAUUAUUCCUGAAAAGGGCAAGCCGGUGAGUGGAGCCUCUGACAAUCUGAGGGCAUGGUGGAAGGAAAAAGUAAGGUUUGAUCGUAAUGGUCCUGCUGCAAUUGCCAAGUAUCAGGCAGAUCAUUCAAUCCCUGUGAAGAAUGAAGACUGCAGUGCAAUGGCAUCCACCCCUCACACCUUGCAGGAGCUCCAGGACACAACUCUUGGAUCACUUUUGUCAGCUCUGAUGCAGCACUGCGAUCCGCCUCAGAGGCGUUUCCCCUUGGAGAAGGGUGUUGCCCCGCCAUGGUGGCCAAGUGGUAAUGAGGACUGGUGGCCACAAUUGGGUUUUCCUAAGGAUCAGGGGCCUCCUCCAUACAAGAAGCCUCAUGAUCUUAAGAAGGCUUGGAAGGUGAGUGUUCUCACAGCUGUUAUCAAGCACAUGUCCCCUGACAUUACCAAGAUCCGCAAGCUUGUUCGUCAGUCAAAAUGCUUGCAGGACAAGAUGACUGCCAAGGAGAGUGCCACUUGGCUGGCCAUUAUAAAUCAGGAGGAGGUGCUGGCUCAGAUUUUGUACCCUGAUAAAUGUCCACCUUUGUCAGCUGUUGGGAGCGGGUGUUUGGCCAUCUGUGAUUCUAGUGAUUAUGAUGUUGAAGGAGUGGGUGAUGAACUGAAUGUUGAUGUAGAAGAUUGCAAGCCCCUCGAUGUCAAUCUCUUGAAGAUGGGCACUGCUGGACCAAGAGAUAGGCUUCUUAUCCCACCAGUGGAUCCCCAAAUUAAGGGAGAGCUCAUUGAAAUUAACUCAUCAGAUUUCAUUCCAAAGAGGAAGCAGCUGCCUGAUGAGCAAUUUUCAUUGAUGGAUCAAAAGAUGUAUACUUGUGACUUCCCUCAUUGCCCGUAUAAUGACUACCGCCUUGGUUUUCUAGACAGGAAUUCGAGAAACAAUCACCAAAUGAUUUGUCCACACCGAAACAAUCCUUCGCAAGCAUUUGGAAUGUCAAACUUUCAAAUCAAUGAUGACAAGUCAGCAGCCUUCUCUCUACCCUAUACUCAACCUAAGCCAGCUACUCCACCAGUGAACCAGAGUCCACUUAAUGUUUCAAGACUAGGACUUCCUGAAGAUGGGCAGAAAAUGAUAUCUGAGCUAAUGUCAUUCUAUGAUACCAAUCUUCAGCGUGGCAAAAGCUUGUGUCCUGGGAACGUCAAUGAUACCAAUCUUCAUCAGCAGCAGCAGCAAAAGUUUCAACUUCAGAUGGAUGAUGGCUAUUACAGCCAGGGGGUUGUUAUGGGAGGCAACAUGUGUGAAGAUACUAGCAUGCCUAUGCAACACGGUGUGUUUCCAACAACAGAAGUUCAGUUUGGUCAGUGCAAGCCAUUUGAUCCUCCAUUUGAUAGCAAUCCCAACGAUAAUCUCACUGAAUUCAGAUUCAGCUCUCCGUUUAACCUUGCACCCAUUGACUAUACGGUAGACUCAUUGCCAAAGCAAGAUGUCUCCCUGUGGUACCUCUGAAGAAAACGGCAUAACUUUUAUCUUCCGGCUUUCUUUGGUUGACAGCACUCAUAUAAGGGGAAAGCUGUAUGUUGAAGUGCGGAAAGUCAUCUGUACAAAGUUCCGUGUUGGAUGGAUGAAGCUUCUUCCUCUCUAAAUCUAGUUGCUUAAUAUAUAUAUAUAAGCUUGUUUUAUUAGAUGUUUUUAAGUCCACAUGAACUUGGGUUAAUUCUGCUAGUCUAGGGCAUCUUUCAGUGCAGGAUUGAAGAAGGCCAAUAAAGAACUGGGAAGGACCAAGCCAAUAUUCAGUGCUGCUGUGAAAUAGCUUAGAAGCAUAAGCAUCUUCUUGUUGCAUAACUGAGAUGUCCAUGUUAGAUAAUAUAUAUACACACAUACAUCUAUAUAAAUGAUGUUAGUUGUUACAUUUCUUAACCUGCAUUUUGCCUGUGUUGGGCAUACUGCACAUGUAUGGUGAUGUACUCUAAUUAUGUCUUGUUCCCUAUAUACCUGAAGAAGAAAUGACUUUUAUUCUAAUUCA